AUGGCAAUUGCAUACGGUCCACGACCUGAUUCCACUCUUAAAACUUUUGCUGAAUUUCACAGGCACCUAGCAGAUUUGGGUAUCAUCUGGAAAGCUUCCUCUAUGCAUGACUACAACUUUUGGGCAUUUAUGAAGCCCUUUUCAGCUCCCACUGUACCCCUCAGUUUAUUCAUGUAG